GAGGGUUAAAGGUUACCAGGUGGAAGGGCGAUGUGUGUCAUCUGCCUCCUGCAGCUGGAGGUACCUCAGGAGAAUGAAGUCCGCCUGGGACCAAACACCUAUGUUCCUCUUUCGCUGGCAGCGUCACCAGAGGGGAGCCUUCAGCUGCUCUUCACAUGAGUCAGAGCGCUCGCUUCUGCGGAGCAGGGGCUGGUGCAGCCCAAGUUCCCAGGGACGUCUGCCGGGCCCUGCUCACUGUUUCCUGUGUUUGCUUGCAGCCGUGUAAAUGAGUAUGGAAGAUUAUGAUUUCCUCUUCAAGAUUGUUUUAAUUGGCAACGCCGGAGUGGGGAAGACGUGCCUAGUCCGACGAUUCACUCAGGGUCUUUUCCCCCCAGGUCAAGGGGCCACAAUUGGAGUCGAUUUUAUGAUUAAGACAGUGGAGAUUAAUGGUGAGAAAGUAAAGUUACAGAUCUGGGACACUGCAGGUCAAGAGAGAUUUCGUUCAAUUACCCAAAGUUAUUACCGAAGCGCCAAUGCCUUGAUCCUUACCUAUGACAUCACCUGUGAGGAAUCCUUCCGUUGCCUUCCUGAGUGGUUGCGAGAGAUAGAACAGUAUGCUAGCAAUAAGGUUAUCACUGUGCUAGUGGGCAACAAGAUUGACCUGGCUGAAAGGAGAGAGGUCUCCCAGCAGAGGGCAGAGGAAUUCUCAGAGGCUCAGGACAUGUAUUACCUGGAGACUUCAGCCAAGGAAUCUGAUAACGUGGAGAAACUCUUCCUUGACUUAGCAUGCCGGCUUAUCAGUGAAGCGAGACAGAACACACUGGUGAACAAUGUAUCUUCACCCUUACCCGGCGAGGGGAAAAGCAUCAGCUAUUUGACUUGUUGUAAUUUCAACUAAAGGCUGAGGCAAAGAGAAUCAAAGGGAAUCAGUAGUUGCCUUGGUGGGCCGUAUGUUGCUAGGGAGUCUGGCAAUGACUGUGGCGCCUGCUCUUGGACCUUCUGACUCCUGUAGGCUCCAGAGCUUACAAAGCAUGCAGGCCAAGGGCCUCGACUGCAGGCCAGCGUCAGCAGAACACAUAACGGUCCCAGCCUUUUGCAGUCUGGCAUUGGAGCAAGGAGAAAAUUGCACUAAGCGCUCCAUGAUCUGCAGAGCAUGUUGCUUUUAUUUUUUAAAAAAGCAAGUAAAAAUGCAUUCCUGAGCACAGUGUAGGGGAUCACGUACUGUGGGAAUCCCGCCUGUGUGUCAGCGGGUACACGUGGGGCUGUUCUUUAGACUUCAGUGGUAAUCUGGUGCCCAUGGUUCUCUCAUCUACCAGGGAAACCAAAACUGGAAAGGCCAAGCACUGUCUCUGUGGUCCUUACGGAUAACCCCAUGGAGAUUUUGAAAAGUGUUGUUUCUUCUGUCCACAAGCACUUUCAAAACCUUUGGGAUGUAAAAACGAAAACUUCUUCUCAUGACCAACAGUAAAAAUUGUUUAAUAACAUACAAGCUCCAUGACUCCUUUUGGUGCUAAUCAUUAUGGUAUUUCACAGACCAAACGUUUUACUAUAUCGAUACCCUUAGAUGUAUUGCCUACAAAUAAAAAGAAAACGGGGAAAACCCACGAAUCAGCA